ACAACUGUCAAAACGGGCUUUGUGCGAGACCUGGCUGUAAACGGACUUGGACUAUUACCGUUAUUUUCAUAACGUUCGCGUCCGAAGCAAGAAGCAAACCGCGCAUUCGGUCUGUUGUGUAUGUUGUGCAUCGUUGCCUGUACGCAAUCGAAGGAAAAAAUUGACAUUCCCAUCAUCCCGUUGCAGCCUUGCUUAUACCCGUGUGCGCUGUUCAAGUGUGUGUGUGUGUGCGCGCUGUUUGUUUGAUCGUCCAGGUGUUGGUGAUCUGUUUGUGCUCAGGAUAACGUAGGAAAAACGGAAAAAAGUCCUUCCACACUCCCUACAGCAACGUUCGUUCCAGGUGUAUGGUGGAAAAGUGGUACGGCUAAUGUUUCGGUCCCAACAAGCGUCCACGUAUUGGUCGAUAUCGAUAAAAUAGUUUCGAUCCGUAUGACAUCACAACGGCUGGAUCUUUGUUGGUGGUAGUUUUUGUUGUUGCUGCACACAGCGACAGAACGCAUCCGGAUUUCGAUUGCAACGGUCAUCGCAUCGUGUGCAAUGAGCGAAUCGUCGUCACCAUCAUCAUCAUCAUCAGUUUCCUCAUUGUAAUCUGUUUUCUAUCGAUAUGCUUUGAUAAUUGUAUCACGCAAGGGUUUGAGAUAUUGGCGACUGCUACUCGUUAACGACGGUAAACGUUUUUUUUUUUGUUUUUUGGGUUUGUUUGCACCGAUUGCUCAACCAAGCAACCUUGGCGCUGCACCCCAAACGAUGCUAUGGUGUUGUGUGCCUUGUGGAAAGGAAGUGUUUGUGCCGCGUUGCAGUGUGUGAGUGUGGUGAAGCAUUUUAAAAUUGCGUCAACGAAGCAAAACGCCCAAAUAUCCUGCCGGAAUCCUUGACAACGCUGGGUGGAUUUCGGGUUUGUUGACGACAUUAGCUUUCCAGGCUGAUUCGUCUGCCUUGAUGUGUGUGUGUGUGCGUGUGUAAGGUGUGAAUGAAGUGGGCACCCGCGAAGCGAACCCCGCGAAAGAACGACGCCGCGAAAUGAGUGCAAUCAAUAAUACCAGCAGUACCAGCGGUGGUGCUAACAAUAACAACAAUGCCAGCAGCCGGCACCAGAAGCUGGAACAGCAGCGACAACUAAUGGAGGCUUACAUACGACAGAAGCGUGCCACACCUGGCAUGGUGCAGGCAAGCGAUCUUCAGCUCGUUCGGCCAAUGUCGGGCAUCAAUCGGAAUGGGCGUGAGGUGCACGCGUACGACGGUCCGAUGCAGUUCAUGAUGUCGCCCAACAAUCCGGACCAGAUAAUGCCCACCUCACCGGUAGGUCCAAUGCCAUCGGCGGCAGUUGGAACGACCGGUUCCAAUAUUACGGCGACCUCGAUCACAACCACCCCAACAUCACCUUACAGCGACUCGACCAUGGAGAAGCUAACACCCUCGUCACAGGACAGUGAGGACGAAGAGAGUACACCGGUCGACGUGCUGCCACUGUCCAGCACGGCAAAAUCACCUGCCAACGGCGGUAGUGGUGGUGCCAUCCUGUAUGAUCGUUCAAUAGCCGAUCAGCUACUAUCCCACUCGGCUCCCAUAUCACCUGCGCUCAACAACAACAAUCAUCACCACACCAACAACAGUAGCGGCAACGUGAAGUCGAGCGAAGGUUCCGGAACUCCACCCAACAGUGGUGGUGGCGGUGCACCCGACACGGAGGGUGACGUCAUCGGGCCAAUCGAGCAGUGGGUCACGCAACCGGCCGCCCAGGGUGUUCUGUACAAAUGCCGGAUUACGCGCGAUCGGAAAGGCAUGGACCGGGGUCUAUUUCCCAUCUACUAUUUACACCUCGAACGAGACUACGGCAAGAAGGUGUUCUGUCUAGCGGGUCGCAAGCGGAAAAAAAGUAAAACGUCCAACUACAUCAUCAGCUGUGAUCCGACGGACCUCUCCCGGCAGGCGGACGGUUUCGUGGGGAAACUGCGCUCGAACGUGUUUGGCACGACAUUCUUCGUGUAUGACAGUGGUACCAAGAAUGAUGCUGUCGCACCCCGUCUCGAUCUGGCCGUCGUAAUCUAUGACACCAACAUACUGGGUUUUAAAGGACCGCGCAACAUGACGGUACUGCUGCCCGGGAUGACGGAGGACGAUCAGCGGGUGCAGAUAAGCUCGGUCGAUAGCCAGCAGGGUCUGCUUGACUGUUGGAAAUCGAAGAACAUGGACAAUGUCGUUGAACUGCACAACAAGACGCCCAUCUGGAACGAUGAAACGCAAUCGUACGUGCUAAAUUUUCACGGUCGCGUCACGCAAGCAUCGGUCAAGAACUUUCAGCUCGUGCACGACUCCGAUCCGGAGUACAUCGUGAUGCAGUUUGGACGGACGGCAGAUGACAUCUUUACCAUGGACUUUCGGUAUCCGCUGUGCGCAUUUCAGGCAUUCGCUAUCGCACUGUCCAGCUUCGAUGGGAAGCUGGCCUGCGAGUAGCAGCGGCGCGUGAAGAUGAAUGGAACACUCACGGUACAACCAUACUGCCAACCCGAUGGAUAUACACUCUCAACUGUGGUGGUGAGAAGCCGAGGAAUUGAGAUGCCGUUCCUGCCGGAAGGAGCACUAGGAGUUAGGAAAUUUGGAUUGCUAGAAUGCAUUAGCAGUUAGGUUAAUUUGUUGCGAACAGUGCUAUUUAUUAUGGGUAGGUAAUAUUAAUGGUUAGCGUUUGCAUGGGUUUGAAAUGGCUAAAUGGUACGAUGUAAGCAAAAACCCCCGCAAAACGUCACUAAAUGUGUAGAUAUUAUUGUGUUGGUUGAAACAGAUUCCAACUAAUCGACAAUAUGGUAAAAUUUUAAAUGUUUAAUGAAGGGCCCAGAACGUGUUUAAAAGAAAAGCGUUUGUUUGCAUAUUGCUGCUCAGCUAUGCUGCAUGCUUAACGAUUUUAAACGUAUGACAACAUUGUGUCAUACAUCCCAGGCUAAGCAAGUUGCAGCUAUUCGGUUUGGCCUAAACAUAUUUCACGUGUAUUAUGUACAGUAGAUUGGCAAAAAAAACAAAAAAGCAACCCGAAAGGGAAUGGCAAAAGUUUGAUCAAAAACUUUUUUAAAACGAAGCGAUACUGCUACAAAACACAUUGGAUUGUACCGAUACAUAACGAUGUAAAAAUGGUGCAUUGUUCAGACAAACAUUGCCUAACAUUGUACACUCUGCGGUGAGUUAGAAAGUUGAACAAAUAAUAUAAAAUACAAAAACAGUGGUAAAUGGUUGUGUCAUAAUCAAAACAUAAACAUACAUUUAACAAUGUUAGCUCAGUUAGCAAAUAAGCAUCGCAGCGGUAGCAUACAUAUAUGCUCAGUGAAACUGUUAACAAUUAAGUGUGUUGAGGGAUCUGACGAUAUGUUUCUCAUUUAUUGGUAAUUGUAAGCUUUUCGAUUCAACCGUUUUCGGACAACUUGAAGAGAAGGAAGAGAGAUAGGGAAUGGGAGAAGGAUAACAGUUAACGGAAAAGGCGUAGAGAAAAGCUAGUACUUCUUACGGAAUACCCUUGAAAAGGGUUUGGUAAAAAUGAAUCAGCAGCAAAAAUCUGUUUAGCUACAGUUUGAAACAAACGCUUUGAUAAAUAUAGUGUACGUUUUAGCUUUUUUUUUUCCUUAUUUCAGCAGGAUCAAAACCACUGGAAAAAGAUUCGUAUUACUUCUAUUGCCUAUUGGUUUCUUUGACUGAGGCUAUAGCUUACGGUGAACACUGGUGAAUACACCCAAAAACUAUUUAAAGCCCCAUACAGUGAAAAAGAUUCAUAAAAAGACUACCGAAGCAUGAAACAUUUGCAAGACAUUUCCGGAAAAUAGGUAUUACAAAAUUAUUGACUGUAACGGAAAAGUCUCGGAAAGCUUUUCUUUGCCUUAAUGUCGCGCUUGUCUAUAAAUGAAAGUUUUCCCCCAUUAUCUGCACUUCUGAAGUCUUUCUUGCUGAUAAUUAGCUUUAAAAAAAAGAAUGUUUCACAAACUAAGACGUAUAUCGUGUCUUUAGCAGCGUGCAUAUUUGCAAAAUUGUGUUAAAGCGUAAGUUAUAAUUCAUCAUUAGACAUUUUAAUUACAGAUAUUUGCAGACGCAGCAAAUGAUUGAGUUUUUUUUUAACAAUUACAUUAAUUUGCGUGUGCGUGAAGUGUGUUCAAAAGGGGGGUGUAGGGUGUACUUUUGCUAACAAAACAAUAGGGCAACAUUGUGUUGUGUUUUUUGUGGAAGAUAUUUUAAGAAAAUUUUAUAAGCCGCUACCAAAAAGGCAAGAAAAAGUAUUAAAUUCUUAUUGCAAAAUGGUGGUAAAAAAAAGUGGAGAUAAACCGUUUGUAAUACACUAACUGUGCUAUUUAGUUUAGUGGUAGAGUAUCGUAAUUUCUGGUAAUAGAUUUCUGGUACAAACUGCUUAUUAAUUUACAAUACAUUUUUUUAAGUGAGCAAACGCAAACAAAGGGAAAGAU